AUGAACCUGCUGCACGGGGAGCGGCCCGCGCCCCGGCCCCACCCCGCCCGGCCGCCCUACCCGCCCGCCUCCCACCAGCGGUCGCCCUUCGCCAUCCAGGAGCUGCUCGGCCUCGGCAGCAACAACGACGACGCCGGCGGCGCGCCGCCGCCGCCUUCGCCGGCCGUCAGCUCCGCCGCGGCGGUGAGCCAUCAGGCGCAGCCGCCCUACCAGCCGCCGCCGCCGCAGCCGCAGCCGCCUCCGCCGGCGCAGUGUUUCCCCGACCCCGGCCGCAUGUACUUCGGGGCCGCGUUCAUGCACGGCAUGACGGCGCCCCCCAUGCCCCCCAUGAUGGGGUUUGACAACGGACACCAGGCCCACCACUUCAGGACGGACGCUAACGGUGAGUGCCCUUAA